CUCAGUGGGUAAGGCCCCAGCCCCACACCACAGCGUGGAGCCGCCGAGUAACGGGCCGCCAUCCCAAACCCGCCGCCCUGGGAGUGGGGGUGGAGGGAGGGGACGUUGACCUGAACAGGUCUUGCUGUCGAGCAGAGGCGAGAUUGCGCUGUGUGCUUAGGAUCGCAGCCAUGGAUUUAUUUGGGGAGCGGGCGGGCGAUGGACAUCUCCUUGUCAUCGUCCUUUGCCUGGCUCUGUCCAGAUUAGGAAGGACGCGUUCAACAACGGUUGUUUUAAAUGGCUUUGUUUUGAUCCCAAGUACUCAGUAAAAAAAUCUGUCAAAAUAUUUUUACAAUUUCUACUUUUAGCGUUUAUUUAUUGACUUGACUGAGGGGCGGCCAGCCUCCCCCCCCCACGCUACGCUCCUGCAGCCUGAGUCACGGCAAACCUAGUGGCGCAUCUCCCAAACCCGGGAAGUUUCCACCUUGCGCCUCGGCGGGUCCCGCUUCUUUGAGGGGGAUUGACUUAACUCCGAAGUUUGCAUUGCAAUGCAUUGGCAACCGUCGCUAAGGAUGGGUGACGCGGGCUGAGGCGGCUGCCUUAGCUCAGAAGCAAGCCUCUUCCCCGCCUUUUUCCAACCACCCAACUUACCCCCUGGGAGAGAAGCCCUCGAGAAGCCGAAAGUACUCGGAGGUCCCAACAGAAGCAGCUGCGGGUGCCGGAGUUUGCGUAAAAUCAUGUGUUCGGGCCUGCAAGAGAACUAUGAGGCUGCCAUGGUGCUGAGUGCCGUUGGAGACGCCUUGGGCUACUACAAUGGAAAAUGGGAGUUCGAGCACAGCGGUGAGAAGAUUCACAGCGAGUUGGCCAAAAUGGGCGGCAUGAACAAGCUCAACAUCGCAGGCUGGAGGGUCAGUGACGACACCGUCAUGCAUUUGGCUACUGCUGAAGCCUUGGCAGCAGCUGGGGAAAACCCAGACUUAACCCACUUGUAUAAACUCAUUGCAACAAACUACAGAGAUUGCAUGGAUGACAUGGAUGGACGAGCUCCAGGUGGUACCUGCAUGGAAUACGCCUUGAAAUUGGAUCCAGACAAGCCAGAUAGCUGGAUACCCAACUUCUGUAAAGCAGCAGGAGGGUGUGGUGCAGCCAUGCGGUCAAUGUGCAUUGGACUGAGGUUUCGUCACCCAGAAGAGCUGGAAAACUUGAUUGCAGUAAGCAUAGAGAGUGGUCGGAUGACUCACCACCAUCCUACUGGCUACCUUGGAUCCCUGGCUUCUGCUCUCUUCACUUCUUAUGCCAUAAAUCGCAAGCCACUCCAGGAGUGGGGGAAAGGGCUCAUGGAGGUGCUACCAAUGGCAGAAGCCCAUAUCCAGAAGUCAGGUUCCUUUGUGGAGGAGAACUUGCAGCACUGGAACUACUUUGGAAACAAAUGGAAGAAGUACCUGGAAGCUAGAGGCAUUUCAGAUGGGAAAUCUCCUCCAUCCUUCCCCGAAGUGUAUGGCGUGAAAGAGAGAGAUGAAUUCUACAAGUCCUUGAGUUACUCUGGCUGGGGAGGUGCAAGUGGGCAUGAUGCUCCCAUGAUUGCUUAUGACGCCAUCCUUGGUGCUGGGAACUGGACGGAGUUGGCUCACAGGGGUUUCUUCCAUGGUGGGGACAGUGACUCCACUGCAGUCAUGGCUGCAUGCUGGUGGGGGGCAAUGCACGGCUUCAAAGGCAUCAGCGCAAAUAACUAUAAGGAAAUCGAGUAUAGAUACCGAUUGGAGAAAGCAGCGAGGGAACUCUAUCACCUGAGCUUGACUGCAGAGUUAUAGGGCAAGACGUCCCCUGCAGAGAACUGGAAGUUGCUAUCGAGUAGCCUCUGGCGCUGUGCAUCCUUGUCAAGCAUAUAGUGCAGUAAGUCAAGAGAUUUAAAUAUAGCAAAAUAAAAGGCCUACUCUUACAAGGUCUUACUUGAUGCAUUAACACUGAGUGUAAAGUCUGCUUGAAUGCAAAUUAUCAGCGAAAUACUAGUGCGGGCCAAUAAACUUGAGAAACCUACGAGACGGUGGUGUAAAUGUGUGUGGCACAACACAAAUGUUAGGUAGCAGGGUGGGUGGGUGGAAUAUCACAGCAGCUAGUUGUGGCCAUCAUUUCUAAAAUUUGUCAUGAACAGAGAUAUUUUGGUGGCGUUUUCGCAGUGACUUUGAGAGUUCUGUACCAGAGACAACUUUGCUGUCAAAUUCUAUACUUUGUAGGCUAAAAAUGUUUUUCCUUAGCUCUUAAUUGGGAGUGGAACAUUUUCAAGAUUGGGAAUCUACAGGCACAUUUCCCCCCAGUAAUACGGGUAUUAUUUUGUGCCAGUUGUGUGCUAGACCCUACCAAAAAGUUGCCAUAGUCACGAUGUGCCUCUGUCUCUAAAGCUGGUAUCAGGCUUUCAGUACAGGUCGAGGCAUCAAACUUCAAAGCGGAAACUGUGCCUUCUAAGUGAUGGGUCGAUAGAUCUGAUUAGCUAAGGCAAAGGUGGGAAACCUGUGGCCCUCCAAAUGUUGCUGAACUCCAGCUCCCAUCAUCCUGGCCAUUGGCUGUGCUGGCUGAGGCUGAUGGGACUUGGAGUCCAGUUACCAGUCUAUGGAAUCUUCCCCAGAGGGCCUGGCCCCACUGCUGUCACUUUUUAGGUGCAAGGCUAAGGCAAUUUUUUAUUUACCUAGGAUUUUGGUGGUUAAGUGUAUCAGACAUAGUUUGCAGUUUGCCUUUCAAUUGGUUUUAAUAUGCUUUUUUAUUAAGUCACUUUGAGAAAUUUCUUUUCUGGCCGUUCAUGUGAUAUGGAAUUUAAGAGUGUCAGAUUAGAUAAUCAUUUUUAUUUUUUAUUAGUUUUCAAUUACAGUAAGAGUUUCAGAUUAGGAGGUUCCAAUCUCCACUUGGCGACCUUGGGCCAGUCACUUCCUCUCAGCCUAACCCACCUCACAGGGUUAUUGUGGGGAUUAAAUGAGUGGGAGAACCAUAUAUGCCACAUUGAACUCCUUGGACCAAAAGGUAUGUGGUAUGAUUCCAAUAAAUAAUU